CGGCGGGGGACGCUGCUCUAAGUCCGCACGCCGGAGCUCAGGCUCAGCUCGGCGCAGAGAGGGGCGCAGCGCGGGGCGCACCGAGAACCCUACUUUCUUGUGAGCCCGAGCCCGGCAAAUGGGCGAAUGAGGAAGGAGAGCAAGGAUAUGGACUGCUAUCUGCGUCGCCUCAAACAGGAGCUGAUGUCCAUGAAGGAAGUAGGGGAUGGCUUACAGGAUCAGAUGAACUGCAUGAUGGGUGCACUUCAAGAACUGAAGCUCCUACAAGUGCAGACAGCAUUGGAACAGCUGGAGAUCUCUGGAGGCACGCCCACCUUCAGCUGCCCUGAGAGCUCACAGGAACAGCCUGAGUGCCCUCGCUGGCAGGGUAGUGGAGGUCCUGCUGGGCCUGCUGCCUGUCCCUCCUCCAGCCAACCAUCCUUUGACAGCAGCCCCAAGUUUCCCUGCCAUAGGAGUGUCUGUGGGAAGGAGCUGGCUGUCCUUUCUAAGACCCGGCUGCCAGAGCACCAGAGCUGUACCCAACAGGGGACGGAGUGGGUGGAGCCAGAUGACUGGACCUCCACAUUAAUGUCACGGGGCAGAAAUCGGCAGCCUCUGGUGUUGGGGGACAAUGUUUUCGCUGACCUGGUGGGCAACUGGCUAGAUUUACCAGAACUGGAAAAGGGUGUGGAGAAAGGUGAGACUGGGGGAUCCACUGAACCCAAAGGAGAAAAAGGCCAGUCCAGAGAGCUGGGUCGUAAGUUUGCCCUAACCGCAAACAUUUUUAGGAAGUUCUUGCGUAGUGUGAGGCCUGACCGAGACCGGCUGCUUAAGGAGAAGCCUGGCUGGAUGACGCCCAUGGUCUCCGAGUCACGAGCAGGACGCUCGAAGAAAGUCAAGAAGAGGAGCCUUGCUAAGGGCUCAGGACGCUUCCCUUUCCCAAGCACAGGAGAGCCCAGACAUAUUGAAACCCCUGCCACAAGCAGCCCCAAGGCCUUGGAACCCUCCUGUAAGGGCUUUGACAUUAACACAGCUGUUUGGGUCUGAAUUCGAGAGAUGCUCACUGAACCGAAAAUGCAGACUUGUGAGGGCCCUGGGGAAGAGGAAGGGCGGACAGCACGGUCUUCAGGCCAGAUGCAAGUUCCCAUCCUCAGAAAGACAGGAAGCAGAGCUCUUAGUCAGGCCUCAGUAGAACAGUGGAGAGAGGCUUUCUGUCUGUCACAGGCCAGGCUGAGCUGAGUCCCUGGAGAGAGAGAAUGUGUGUGUGUGUGUGUGUGUGUGUGUGUGUGUGUUGUUGUUGUUGUUGUUGUUGUUGUUGUUGUGUGUUGUCAUCAUUGUUGUCAUUGUCCUCGUCGUCAUCAUCCUCCUCUUCCUUCUUUUUCAAGGCUGGAUGUGACAAUAAUUGGGACAGGAAAGGAGCCCAACAAGCCCAUGAUAUUCCUCCAUUACCUUCCAAAGUCCUCAUUUGAGCAUUCUAUAUGGAAAGGGCAUUGAGCCCUCGAGUUUCCCAGAGAACUCCCAAUAAAGCCCUGCCUCAGGGACCCCCAACCAGUUUAAUGGUUUGCUUCCCUGAUAAGGCACUGCUACAGGCAAGGGUUUCAUGUUUUUUAAAGGGUUGGUAUCUCAGAAUGGAAGACCAGAAAGAGGAAAGUCCCUAUUCACAGCUCUUACUAGGACCAAGAUUUCAGCCCAUAGCUGGGUGUUGGGGACCCAGGACAAGCAGAGGUGUGUUUGUGUGUGUGUGUGUGUGUGUGUGUGUGUGUAGGAAGCCUGAGAUGCUCCCAGAUCAGCAAAGUGCAGAGGAGAAGUGUUGUGCCUUCACUCAGGGGCUGUCUCAUGAGUCCACGCUGGCAUGCCCAGCCAGCAUGAUAUUCUCUGAGAACACACACACUUGGCUGCCAGGAGGCAAAAUAGGCCAGGCCAGUGUCAUGGUUAUCAAUGGCCUCUAGAGUCACCCACAGCAUGGUCCAGCAGUGAGAGCCAUCCUGACCCCUACUUAAUGCUCCUGCAAGGCAGCAGACAGUUGGUCGGGGUGAGCCCAGAAAUAACAUCCAUUCAUUUAGAAAGGUCUUAGUCUACAUCUCCUAGCCAUGCAGCGAACUGGACACAUCUAUCUCACUAUCCUGGAAAUCAUCAGGGGACCUGCAGGGUGGGGUUGACGCCAGGCAGACGUGCAAGCCUGGGUCCAUAGAGAAUCCAUCGCAGCCCCCACCCCUUAGCCAGGAGAGAACAAACUAGGCCCCUGUUCCAGGCCAGCUACCCCCCCCCCCAGCCUUAGCUCCUCCUUCGGCCCCUCCCGCAGACCCAGCUCAGCUUGAUGGGGUGUGACAACUGCAAUUAGAGGCAGGCCGCCCGCUGCCCCCAGAGCAUUAAGAGCAAAUUGGAGAAGAAAAAUAACAAGAGAAGCUCUUCUGCCUGCAGUCUAGA